AUGAGGCAGACCGCAGCAGUGCUCGUCUUGCCAACAACUUCCCGCGCAUGUUGGCCAUCGACUCAUGGGCGUAGAGGGUUCAGAUUGCCGCAGUUAACGAAGCCGAUCGCAAUUGGAAGUCGGAAUCUCUCCCAGACAAGGAACUGGAGGUCUGCCCCUGUUCCUGAGGUUGACCGAGCGGGUUCCAAACUCUUCGAGACCGCCGACGAUGCCGUCGCCGACAUUAAAAGCGGCUCGGUGAUCCUAAGUGCCGGGUUUGGGUUAUGCGGCGUCGCAUCGACGCUCAUUGCUGCCCUGCGUCGGAGAGGCCCCGAAUCGCUACAUUCUCUCACUGCCGUGUCCAACAAUGCUGGAGCCGAAGGCCGCGGCGGGCUGGCAUUUCUGACCGAGAGCGGCCAGGUCGAUCGCAUGAUCAUGUCAUACUUGGGCGCAAACAAGAAGCUGGAGCGCCAGUACCUGACGGGCGAAAUCGCCGUAGAGCUCUGCCCUCAGGGAACACUGGCGGAAAGGAUACGGGCGGCGGGUAGCGGAAUUCCGGCGUUUUUCACCCCGACCGGCGGUCAUACACUCGUGCAAGAGGGCGCGAUCCCCGUACGCUUUGACGCCGACGGCAAUGUGGUUGAGUACGGCAAGCCGCGGGAGACGAGGAUAUUCAACGGCAAGCCCUACUUGAUGGAAACGGCGCUGCCGGGCGACGUGGCCAUUUUGCGGGCGUGGAAGGUUGACACGGCGGGCAACUGCGUGUUUCGGUACACGACCAAGUCGUUUGGGCCGCUGAUGGCCAAGGCGGCGAAGCUAGCUAUUGUAGAGGCCGAGAACAUUGUCGAAGUGGGCGAGAUCGACCCCAACGAUGUCAACCUGCCCGGCAUCUACAUUGACCGCAUUGUGCCGGCAACCGAAAAGUCGCAGGUCGAGAUCCUCAAGACGCGGUCCGAAGGCGGUAGUGCAAAGGCAGCGGCUAAGCCGUCGGAUGCGCUAGUUCGGAGGAACCGGAUCGCGAAGCGGGCAGCUAAAGAGCUAAAGCAUGGCUUCUAUGUCAAUUUGGGAGUCGGCAUCCCCACUCUGGCGCCGUCGUUCCUGCCUCCUGGCGAGCAGGUCUGGAUCCAGUCCGAGAAUGGCAUCCUGGGAAUGGGGGACUACCCGCUCCCCGAAGAUGUUGACCCCGACAUUGUCAAUGCGGGCAAGGAGAGCGUUACGCUGGUCGCGGGCGCGGCGACGUUCGACAGCUCCGAGUCGUUCAGCAUGAUCCGCGGCGGGCACGUCGACGUGUCCAUCCUGGGCGCGCUGCAGGUCAGCGCGGCGGGCGACCUGGCCAACUUCAUGAUCCCCGGCAAGGUGUUCAAGGGCAUGGGCGGCGCCAUGGACCUGGUGUCGAACCCCGAGAGCACCAAGAUCGUCGUCGCCACCGAGCACGUCGCAAAGGACGGCUCCGCCAAGGUCGUGCAGAGCUGCGCCCUGCCCCUGACGGGUGCCCGCGUCGUCAGCACCAUCAUCACGGACCUGUGCGUCUUCCAGGUCGAUCGCAAGCGCGGGACACUCACCCUUACCGAGAUUGCGCCCGGAGUCAGCGUCGACGAGGUGAAGAGCAAGACGGACGCGACAUUUUCGGUAGCGGAAGACUUGCAGACUAUGGAGUGA